AGUGCCCGUCAGUUAGUGAUUGUUUCCUAAACCUCCAAGCGCUUUCACGCAGCUCCACGCAACUCACACAGAUACACUUGUCCUGUAGUGUUGGUAAAGUGCCCGCCAGUGAGUGAUUGUUUUCUUAACCUCCAAGCGCUUUCACGCAACUCCGGGCUCCUCUAUCAUGGCUCACGCACCACCACCAGCUCCUAGGAGGGGCUAUCUGCGUCAUGUUUUCGGCCCGUCAUAUCGUCAACAACCAGUCCCAGAGCUUCCGCACGAGCGGAGUACACUGAGGAUCCAGCUCCACAGGGACAUCUGCCUGACAAAUCUACUAACUGAGCUGGUGUAUGAGUCGAAUCGCCGACCUGAGCAGUUUUUCUCAGAGCCCAGGGCAGCCAAAGACGGUAGGAACAGGAUGAUUUUGAUUAUUACUGGCUUUUCUCCUGAUGCUAACUAUGACGCAGCAAGCAUUUUGGAAGUGGUGAGGAGGUUUGACGGCAAUGCAGACUACGCUUAAGUGGAGUUUCGAUUGAUUCCGAUGAUACCAGGCAAAUUUGAAGUUUGGAAGCUGUGUCACUGUACAGAAAUGAAGAGGCCCUGCAACUGAAUCAUUGUACAGAAACGAAGAGGCCUUACAAUACAUUCAUGUAGAAAAUAUGGUGGCAUAUCGAUUGAUCCGUGUAGAGAAUCUACUGGCCUAUCGAUGUAUCCCUGUAGCAUAGUAUCUGAGUACAUUCACUUUCCCCCUACAUUGACUCUUCAUGUGCAUCAGCUUAGAACUGCACCCAAUUCUUAAUAUUGUAUGAUUUAACUUACACUUGGAUUACAUUUGGAUUGAUUGGCAGUUUUGUAAAUUAACAUAAGACCAAACCAAUGUGCAUUUUUUUUGCUUCA